AUGGACCCCAGCUCCAAGGGCCGACCGCAGACGCCCCAGUAUGAUCCUACCAUCACUGACAAGGUCAUCGCCGCCACUGGGCCCAAUGCGCACCCACGCCUCGCACAAGUGAUGCCGAGUCUGGUUCGCCAUCUACACGACUUCGCGCGCGAAGUAAACCUCACUGUCGCAGAAUGGACGGCCGCGGUAGACAUGAUCAACGAGUGUGGCAAGAUGUCGGAUGAUCGCCGAAACGAGACCCAACUUCUCUGCGACAUCAUCGGACUUGAAAGCCUCGUGGAUGAGAUCACCUCCAAGAUGCUGGCAACGUCAAUGUCGGAGACCCCUUCUGCCAUUCUGGGCCCCUUCUACCGUCAAGACGCUCCAUUGCUGUCCAACGGCGAUUCCAUAGUCAACCUCAGCCCGUCCGUCUCGUGGUACGAGCAGGCUAUCGCCGACUCGGCCUUCCUAACCGGCCGCGUCGUUUCGGGCCGCUCCGGUAUGCCCAUCAAGGGAGCAGUGGUAGACGUUUGGCAUACGGCGCCAAACGGACUCUACGAGCAGCAGGACGAGAGCCAGCCCGACAUGAAUAUGCGUGGGCGCUUCGCCACAGAUGCCGACGGCCGUUACUCACUCUACGCAUUGCGCCCAGUCGCAUACCCAAUCCCAGACGACGGCCCCGCCGGCCGGCUCCUGGCCAUGCUGGACCGCCAUCCCUACCGCCCUGGCCAUAUUCACUUUAUCGUGUCUGCUUCUGGGUUUCGGACUUUGACGACGCAGGUGUUUGAUGACCGGGACGAGUACAUCACAAACGACUCUGUGUUUGCCGUCAAGGACGAGUUGGUGGUCAAGUUCAAGCCUCGUGACGGAGAUUCCAAGGCGCUAUGGACACUUGAAUACGACUUUGUGCUCGGCUCGCAGGAGAUCUGA